AUGUCACGCCUUGUUUCUUUCCUCGCUCUCCUUUCCAUCGUCAUAUUUGUCGAAAGUAGACUAGGGGGAGGAAUUGAGACUCUGAAAGCGAGUGAUCCCGAGAAUAUGAAAAAAGCAUGGAAAGCUGUGAACGCUGUUAAUGAAAAGCUUGACGACGGACACAAUCUUAUGGUUCCACUUGAGGUUGUGAAAGCUGGAUCACAAAAAGUUGUAGCUGGUACGAGAUACAUUUUUGAAAUAAUGUACGCCGAAUCCACAUGUGUAAAGGGUCAAGAAAGUCCAGCCACUGCUGCUUUAUGUCCACUGAAACCAAACGGGCGCAGAGCUUUAUAUAAAGUCGAGCUGUGGAAAAUACCUAUGGAGGUUACAGUUACGAAAAUCGCGGACAUUCCUGCCAAAAAUUAG